AUGGCUUCCACUAUGGAUGCUCUCAGAGCACCGGAAAAGGAUUGUCCAACAUACGACCCUACACAUGUUGAAGGACAACAGACUGCGAUAUAUGUUCAACUGGUCCUUUCACUAACUCUCGGUGUGUCUGCUUUCUUUGGAUUCUGUAUUCUGCGACCAAAAUGGAAGAGUUUAUAUGCUGCGCGCAAAAGACAUGUUGAUGCUGCUGCGAAUCUGCCAGAGCUUCCGGAUACCUUUUUUGGUUGGAUGCCUAUUUUGUAUAGAGUCACAGAAGAACAAGUACUUGCAUCUGCUGGAUUAGAUGCAUAUGUGUUCCUAUCAUUUUUCAAGAUGUCAAUGAAACUGUUCGGGGUCAUGUUUAUCAUGGCAGCUGCCAUUCUUGCCCCAAUAAAUCAACACUACUAUUACGUAUUCGAUCCAUUUGGAAAUACAACGAGUCCUCCCGAUAUUCCAGAUUACUCAAAGUUGGACGGUUGGCAUGGCGGAUGGGACGGGGCUUCGACUUUAGAAGUACCAAAAGAUUCUGACGAUAAACUACCUGAUACCAACUAUCUCUGGUCAUACCUUGUCUUCACCUACGUUUUCACUGGACUCGCAAUAUUUUUCAUGAAUAGACAAACCCACCGCGUAAUCAGGGUUCGCCAGGACUACCUGGGAAGCCAAUCCACAAUUACCGACCGAACAAUCAAACUUUCUGGUAUACCGGAGGAUUUGAGGUCUGAAGAAAAGAUCACAGAAUUUUUGGAGAAACUUCAGAUAGGGAAAGUGGAGAGUGUGACUUUAUGUCGUAACUGGAAAAAACUUGAUGACAUGAUGGACAAGAGAGUGCAAGUCGUAAGGAGGCUUGAAGAGGCAUGGACUGUACAUCUUGGUCAACAACAACGUCCGAGUGUAGGGCCAAUACGGAGACAACAUUCGGCAUCUGAUGCGAAUGCUGAGGAUGGAUCGCAAAGUCACGAGGGUGAUAAUCUUUUAGGAAGCGAUCACAUUACCUCACACGAUCAACCGAGACCGGCUACGCGAAUCUGGUACGGCUUUUUUAAUUUUCAGAGCAGGAAAGUAGAUACAAUCGACCACUACGAAGAACAGCUACGAAGGCUAGAUGAUAUGAUCAAUGAUGCAAGGAAAAAGGAAUACAGCCCUACAGCACUUGCAUUUGUCACCAUGGACUCGAUUCCCGCUUGUCAAAUGGCGGUGCAAGCCCUCCUAGACCCAACGCCAAUGCAGCUGAUGGCAAGGCCAGCUCCUGCACCAUCAGAUAUAGUUUGGACGAAUACUUAUCUACCUAGAUCAAAUCGUAUGAUUCGUUCUUGGACAAUCACUAUCUUCAUUCUUAUACUUACCAUCUUUUGGCUUAUUCCAGUGGCUGCCCUAGCUGGUCUUGUCAGUUUAUGCUCGAUUCGACAGGUUUGGCCGGGUCUUGCGGAUGUUUUGGAAAGCCACGAUAUACUCAAGGCUUUGGUCCAGACUGGCUUGCCUACACUUGUUGUCUCAUUACUCAAUUUGGCAAUUCCAUUUUUGUAUGAUUACCUUGCAAACAGGCAAGGAUCAAUCUCACAAGGCGAAGUAGAGCUUUCCGUCAUAUCCAAAAACUUCUACUUCACAUUUUUCAAUGUAUUCCUGGUUUUUACCGUUUUUGGCGCAGCGAGUAAGUUCUGGCCAGUAUUACAGGAAACAUUGAAAGACACAACGAAGAUUGCAUAUACACUAGCCCAGUCAAUCUCUGAUCUCUCCAUGUUUUAUACCAACUUUAUUUUGCUACAAGCUCUCGGUCUUCUACCUUUCAGGCUGCUGGAAUUCGGGAGUGUGUCUUUGUACCCUAUCACACUUAUGGGUGCCAAGACUCCUAGAGAUUAUGCUGAGCUGGUACAGCCACCUAUUUUUAGUUACGGGUUUUAUCUUCCUUCAGCACUUCUUAUCUACAUUCUAUGCAUGGUCUAUAGUAUACAGCCAGCAGGAUAUCUAGUCCUAUUAUUUGGAAUGGCGUACUUUGCUCUAGGUUAUUACACAUACAAGUAUCAGCUUCUAUAUGCCAUGGACCAUCCACAACAUGCUACUGGAGGAGCUUGGCCUAUGAUAGUCUAUCGUCUUCUUGUCGGCUUAGGCUUCUUCCAACUGACCAUGGCCGGAGUUAUUGCUCUGAGGAAAGCAUUCACUCCAGCUAUACUUGUUGUUCCUCUCAUACCAUUUACAAUCUGGUACAGCUACUAUUUCCGUCGAACAUUCCAGCCAUUCAUUAAGUUCAUCGCUCUGAGAAGUAUAAGAAGAGAUAGCGAUCCAGACAUAAAUAUUGCUGGCGAAAAUAUUGGCAUCGACAGACCUCCAGGACACAUUCGGAGGAGAGGUAGCACAGUUGAUGAAGCAAGGGAAAAAGGGAUGAGAUAUAUAAACCCAAGUCUCGUUGUACCAUUAGAAAAGAUCUGGAUAAACAACGACCCAGAUAGCGAGCCGAAUGGUAGCACUCCACAGUUAAAUCGUGAAGAAUCUGCCGCAAGUUCGCUGAGUCUUGGCGAUACUCACAUUUGGAGAGAAGUUGGCGAUGAAAAUCCGGGGGCUGUCGACACAACGUCUUCCCAGAUUCUCUUAUCAAGAGCGAUUGCCGAUCACACUUCAACAUCUUGUCCGCAAGCUGUUGGGAAAACAUACUCUUCGAUUGCUGUCACAUCUCUUUACGAAUCCCCGACAAGACAUAUCAUGACCGUUGGAGACGCAUCCAGCACAUCGAAAGAUAUAACUUCAGUUAAUGAUACAGUUGUCGAUCCUCAGUUUCCGUACAACCCGUGGGAGCUUUCACAACUCGACGUUGUCCCAAAAAACCAGGAGAAACGUGAUAAAGGAAAAGGAGCUGAACGUGGAAGAACAUUAGAACGAAGCCCGAGAUAUUGCAAUCCUCUUGAAAAGGCUGAAUCACGACUUAGAAGAAACAAAACAACCAUCGAGGUGGAUGGCCGGCCCAUACGAAGGCGUGAUCGAAGUCAUACUCUUCAUGAUAACCCGGAUGAUCCUGCUGCAAUAUUAGAUGACCAGGUAUUAGAACCAUUAAGAGGGAUAUCUCAGCAAGAUAGCUUUUCGGAGGUACUUAGCGGACAUACAUCUCCAAGCAGUCUGAAUGGCUCCCUUGAGGCGAAAGAGAUAAAGAGUCGACUUCGAUCUAGGACUUCUGGAGGAAGUUCUAUAAGCUCCACUAUAUCUCCAAUCGAACCACUCACACGGACAGUUAGAAAAGUUUACAGCAAUUCCUCUCCUGUUUCUCCCGAACCAACUUUACCGGUUGAAUCACGUUCCAAUCGUCUACCCAGUGUUGUUCGAUUGGAAGAAUCUGCUCGUCAAUCAACAUCAUUCACGUUCUCGAAAUUACCAACAGAAAUCAUUCAACAAGUAUACAAUUACCUCACACCGGUUGAUUUUAAUUCAGCCAGACAUACAUGCCGAGCAUGGCUUCUUACUAGUAUAGAUCGUUCCCUUCUUGAAAACAUGAUCCGGCGUGGAGGUUGGGUGACUAGUUGUCAACAGGAAAUCUCCGAUACAAAAAGCUCGACCUUUCGACGUAGCUCCGAAUAUGAAUGGUUCAUGAGCAAACGAAUCUCGAGAGAAUGUGCUCUUGGUCCAGAUUGGACGGGGUCUAAAGUACCGGUAAGCCCGGACCACUUUCCACUAGAAUCAAAGGAUUCACCUUUUUUGCAAGCUUCGACUGUGGAUUUCACAGAAGUCGCUGUUCAAUACAAGGAAACAACUCCUGCUGGAACCAUUUUCACGGUGAGUAGUUGUGGGAAGUUUUUGAUGGCUGCGAAUGGGUGUCUAGUCUAUGUAUACGAACUAAACAAAAGCCAUCGCGAUGUGGAUGAUUGGUAUGAGGUUCAAGCUGGCUCUUUGCGUCCAGUCACCAGUAUCAUAUGUCCACACAGAGUAUUAGCAUGCAGUAUGGAUACUUCUUCACAUAGAUAUGCAAUUGCUAUUUUGCUUGAUGGGCGCAUGGGUCUUGUGUGUGAUAUUUCUCUUAGCAAUAUUGCUCCCCCUGUUUCUUCGGAUCCUGAGACCUCGGAUCUUUCCUCGCCUCAUUCAAGUCGGUCAAAUCUUUCCCUCUCUCCAGCAAACGAUUUUCACCAUGGUGUCUCAUUUCUCGAUCGCGUUAGCUUGGAUAGUUCGGCUCCUGUGCAAAGGGCUGGAAGAUCUACAACCGCUUUCGUUUUCCCCGGAAUAGCUACAACUCGUAGUGAUGGUACUUCUCCAGGGGUUAUACAACGACCAGAAUACCAUGAAGCGCUUCGAUCAGCCAGUGCCACGAAGAAUUCAUACCCUCCUGAGGAAGCUAGCCUCCACUCUGUUGGAGCAGGAAGUCGAUUGCGAAGCAAGCUACCAGCUCAUAGAGUUUUGAACUCAGAUGCAAGAGAAAUGCCAGUCGAAACCGGCCCACGUUCAAUAUAUCGAAAUCUUUGUUCUGAGGAUGACCCUCCUCGUUCUGUGGCAAUUUGUCCUCAACGAAGAUGUGUGGCUUUUGGAUGCUCGGCUGGUAUCGAGUUGCAUUGGGUUGAUGCUUUGACUGGGCAGGAUCUAAAUAGAUGGUUUCCACUUACCGCUCCAAGUGAUUUUUUGUUCUUUUUGCCUCCACGUAAAAGUGUAGACUCGGCGAAGAAGCUGAGACUUAUUAGCAGUGCGGCUAGACCCAGUGAGUGUACAGCUGUACACGAAAGAUCAUAUGGAAGAAGACCACGAGGUGCUUCAUUUUGGCAAAGAAUUGGGUGGAGCGGAAGCCACGGGGACAAUAGCGAGGAAAUAGAACACACUCAGCAGGUACUAACACCAGUGGGAAGAUUCCGUAGUGAUUCUGGUCGAAGGGUUGAUCAUUCAGAUCACUAUCGCGCCAUACCACUAAGUGAUGGAUAUCAUAUUUUAUUUACAGAUCCAAGUACAGGAGCACUUUGCUUAGGCAGUGAUGCCCCUGUCGGAGGACCUACCAAAUUACUUCGAAAAUUUUGGUUUCAGGGACCGGAAGGUAGGGGUAGUCCAACGGUUUAUGCUGGAGGCUCUGAUCUAAGCUGGGGAGUAAGAGUCGUGGCAGCAUUUGGAAGUUGGACAGAACAGAGUAUCUGGAUGUUUUCUGUUCCCGGAGAUGUGUUUCAUGCAGCCCAGAGCUCUCAGAAUGCUUUAGAGAGCUCUGUAAGCCACAAACGAAACAUUCCUAAAAAUUCUAAAAACAUGCUAUGGCUGGACUGGUGGCCUGAUGAGGGACUUCAAGAAUGGCUCAAUCUCAUUCGGCAUCCAGUACCUGGUAUUCUUACGGGAAAUAUGUGGCCAAUUAGAAUAAAAGGUCAGAGAAUUGGUAUAUGCUCUGGAGUAGUCGAUCUUGCGAUUGAUUUAACAAAUGGUAUCACAGUUUGGGCUUUUAGUACUGAUGGAAUUGCCAAAAUCUGGCGUUUGGAUGAUGGAAAGCAUAGAGACUUCACAAAUUUAAGUGUGUCGAGAGAUGGUACUAUUCGUGAAAAUGUCCCGGACGAUUAUGCCAACGGUGAAAUGAACAGCGAUUCUCUCACAUCAGAAAUCCUUCAACAUCGCUCAUCGCUCGAACAACAAUCUUUCGAUGGAGCAAUGUCGCCAGAUCUAGAUAGUAAAGUAUUUCCUGAUAUAUCAACAAUCAUCACAGCACGAAGAGGCUCGGGCUGGAGCUAUCAAAGUGUUAAUUAUGAUGAAGAUGGUGAUGUGGUCAUGGAAGAUAUUUAUGGUCCGGGUGUGGACAUGCCGGCAGCGUGGUCGAAGCCAGAGAGAGAAUAUGAUGAGGAUGAACCGUUAAAAGAUCAACAGUACCAAUAUUUACAAUCUCGUUGGCCGAGAUCCGCGAUAGGGUAUAGACGGUGGUGGGAGAGGGCUGUGGUGAGUGGGGAUUUGGCGAGAGUGGUGGAGGCGAGGGGUGUGUCGAGGAUUGAAAUUGAAAUUCAUUAA